AUGGUUUAUCGAUACCCAGGCUAUGUCUCGUUUGGAUCGCGACGGUACAACGAGUGUCAGACACUAGCCUUUGAAGCUACGACUGAAAGAGAGGAAGAAGUGCCGACCGCAUACGCGGUACCGCUUGUGGAUCACCCGACCUACCCUACGCCAAAGAAAGUUUUAAGUCGGCCUACGGGGAACAAUGUAUCAAAGGACAGCCCGAUCGUAGACGAGAAAGUGAUUCCAAGUGUGGACCCACGUUGCCACGUGUCUUUACCCGAUCGAGGAGAAGGGCGGAAGCGUUCGAACACCCGAGAGGCCAAUGGAAGAUGUCGCGACAAAAAAAGAACAGGGAUUCCGACAGACCGCACGACGUAUCGCAUGACACGAUCGACGAUAGACAAGUGGAUUACCGAUUGA